AUGCUGCCUCUCUCCCUCACCUCCGAGUUACUAAGCGAUAACCCCCCUCUAGAUCCUCUCUUUCCUGUUGGGGGCCCCUCCUGCGAAGACGCAGCCGACGAGGAGAGGGCCGAAUGGCAACAGGAGGGGGCCCCUCCGCUGAAGAAGAUGGCCACUUGUCAGAGUGCAUCGGCUCAGGCAGAGUACCAGAAACCACAGGAAGGCAAGGGAGCCACGCGGACGACUCCACACAGCCCCUCGGAUCUUCCGCCGCUCUUGCCGCUCCCGUCGGGGCCGCUGCUGCAUCCUUACGCAUUAGCGCAGCAGCAGCAGCAGCAGCAGCAGCAGCCGCAAGCUCCGCAACACCCAGGCAAGAGCAAGGGCGACACCUCCCUGCCGCCUCUCCUGGAGCGUCCGAGGGCUCUGCCGGUUCACCCCACAGCUCUGAGCGGCAGUGCGGAGACGGGGGGCCCCCCCCAGGCGCCCCCCAGUCCCCGCAGCCGAGGGAGGCCCCUCCCUCCCUCCAUAGCAGCGCAGGUAGCCUCCAAGAAGCCCUCCCUCAUGGGCCCCGCCCCCAAACACUUCAUGGGGCCCCCGAGGCCCCCCCCGCCAGCGCCUCCGAGCGCCCCCCCGCCGCCCCCCGUGAUGCCACGGGCGGGGGCCCCCUCUGCCCCGGCGCCCCCGGGGUCGCUGCCCCCUCUCCUCCCCACUCCUGGGGGGCCCCGCAUGGGGGCCCCCCCCCCGCCUCCGCCGCCCCCCCCGGAACAGCCGGCAGCCCCCAAAACGGCCCCCACGCCUGCGCCUGCGUCAGCAGCAGCAGCAGCAGCAACAGCUCCUGCUGCUACACGGCAACAACAUAUGGCCGACUGCAGCGAGCGGAGCCUACAUCGAUCCGAUGAUGCAGACGCCCUGCUAUCACCCCCUGCUGCAGCAGCAGCAACAGCAGCAGCAGCAACUGUGGUAUGCUGCGUCGCCUGCCCAGCAGCAGAUGCAGGAGCAGCUGCAGCAGCAGAUUCGGCUGCAGCAGCAGCUGCAUCUGCAGCAGCAGCAGCAAGACACGGCUGCGGCAGCAGCAGCGCUGGAGGCGUGGAAUGGGGCGUGCAUAGACCCCAGGAAGAAUUUGUAGCUUCAGCGGGAGCGGCUGGCUCCGCCGUCCUCGGCAAAGAAGAGGCCCUUCCCAGCAGCUGCCAGGCACAGCAAGCACACGAGGAGCACCCAGAGGAAGACGAAGAGAGGCCACAGCAGCAGCCGAGUCAAGACCGUCUUCCACGCUCGCAGAAGAAGCUCCUGUCCAGGGAAAGCUACCGUCAGAAGAAGAGGCAAAAACGACCAGAAGAGAGGCGGGAAAGAAGACGGAAGAAGAAAGCAGAACUCUUUGAAGGUUUGCACACUUCUGAAGAGAAGACGGCCGCUAUGAAAGCCCACAAAGACCAGUUGCAGGAGCAGAGAAAGGCACAUUUGGCACAUCUGGAGGAAUGCAUGCGCGAAGGCAUUCGCGUGUGUUUCAACUGCUCUUUCGAUGAAAACAUGCAAGACAAGGUGCAGAUACACCUGGCGUCCUUCGCCGAGGGCAGCCGGUGCCGAGUUGCGUGCGAGCAGCUCUUCUCUGGAGCUUCUUGGCUGGUACAUCGGCACGAGGAGCCUUACUGGCAGUGCUUUAAUCCAAAAGAAAUCGUUGUACUGUCGCCGGAUGCUGAGGAGGAGCUGCUGGAUGUGGAUUCGUCCAAGACCUUUGUUAUUGGCGGGCUUGUUGAUCGAACUGUCACCAAAGCAGUGGAGCAUGGCCUAACUUGCAGACGGCUCCCUUUCAAGGUGUGUGCAGACUGCAAUCCAGAACGUUGGGCUCUUCUGAAUCGACCCCUUUCCGGUGGCUAG